AAAAUCUGCCCGCAGCACAGGCAAAUACAGCUUGAAGAGAAGUCUUUCCUCCCUUCGCCCAAAAAGACACACCCUCGCUUCGUCCACUUACUUCCCUCUACCACCACCAAACUCAACACCAACCCAGGCAGACCGAACUAGCUAGCUAGUAAUAGAUAGAAAGCCAUGUCUGGAGACGACCCCUUUGACAAUUACGACCACGAGACGGAGGUCACUGUUGGCUUUUCCGAUGGUACCCUUCUAGCAAUCUCUGUGUUUGGGUUUGCCGUCAUGGCCUUUGUUGUCUUUUCCAUUAUCAUUUCUCGCGUCAAAUCGGCGGACGAAUUGGAAAAGGGCGAAGCGGAUACCGACUUGAAUUACGAAGAAGAGCUGCUGCGUGCCGAUGUCGCUUCUCUCAAUCGAGCGCAGAGACGUGCUCGAGCCAAGGCACUCAUGAAACGUGAACGCCGUGUCGUCGGUGACGAACAGCAGCUUCCGCAGCAUGACGACGAACACCAUAACGAGGACGACAGUAACGAGCCUCAUCUGUCUCGCAAGGAUCGACAAAAGGCGGCCAAAGUAGCGGAAAGGAAGGAACGUCAUGUAAACGAAGAACAGAGACGAGAAGAACAAAAACAAGCCAUGCUGGUGGCCAAGGAAGAAAAGAAAAAGAGACUUGAAUUGGAAGCUGAGAGAGCCAAAGAACAAAAGAUAAGGAGGGAAGAGGAAUUAGAACAGAAAAAGAAGGAAGAAUUCGACAACUGGAACACAUUCCUCGUAUCGCGUGAUCGAACUGUCUCGCUGUCCGUUCAUGACUGGGUGCAAGAGCUGCAAUUCCAAAAUGCUGUCGUGGUGCCGCUGCGGAACAUAACCAGACGAUUCGAUUGUUCCAUGGAGCAAGUUAAAGAGAGGAUCUGUCAAUUGGUCGAUGAGGGAAGAAUCAAUGGAGUCGUCGAUGGAGAAAUGUUCUAUGUACUAUCCCACAGACACUUGCUUUCCUUGGCAUCCUUUGUCGCAGCCAAUCGAGAAGUAUCCUUACGAGAUGUCUCCCACGAAACCAAAAGGAUCCUAGAGACCGCUUGAUCGAUCGAUCGUGACCUUAUACCACAAUCUCCAGCGGACUUGACUCAUUAUUAUUAUUACUCAAUUAUUGAAUAACUGACGGACCGACUGAAUCGACUCGACUCUUUGAUAGAUAUCACCUUGCAUCUUAGAACCUUAAAAGCAGCGUUGCAUCCUAUAAAAUACUGGUUGACAACCCC